AUGUUUGGGUUCACGUCGCCGUCCGCGUCGAUCGCGAUGCCAUGGCCACCGUCGGCCGACGCGCUGCCGCCGCUGGACCUCGCUUCGCCAGCCCUCGACCACGCGCGCGGCACGCGGAACGUCUACAAGUUUGGUGGCACCUCGGUGGGGUCGCCGGACCGCUUGUUCCAGCUCGUGUCACUGGUCAAGGCCGAGCGCGGUCGCGUGAUCGCGGUCGUGGUGUCGGCCAUGGCCAAGAACACGGACUUGCUGCUCGACGCGGCGGCGCUGGCGGCGGCUGGCAACAUUGACGCUGCGCUCCUUCUCAUCGACCGCGUCCAAGCCAUCACGGUGCAGAACGCCAACGUGACGCAGACGCGCAUCUUGGGCGACGGCCACGCAUC